AUACAUCGUACAUUUAGCUAAACCAACCAACGUACGUUCCACAACGAACGCGUUGCUGCGCAGCAAAACGCGGAAUAUAUUUUGGAAACCAGCGCAUCGCGGAAGCGUCUGCUUUGCAGCUGCCGCAGACGAUUGCAGAAAGGAGCGGUCGUUGUGCGGUAUCAUGCCAGUGCAAGCGGCCGCCGGCUGGGGAUUUUUGCUGAUUUUUCAAAGACCCUUUGAGUGGUGCAUUUCAUGCGUAUACGUGCCGGUGCAGGUACAAAGUGCAGCGGUUUUUAUUGCUGUUUUUACGGCGCAAAGGCGGCCUAUUUGGAGCGCGCGGCGAUCGGAUAUCUGCGGGCAAAUUGCGCUUAAUCCCGGGUCUGAUCUGCUUGCUGGAUGAUUGCGUGCGCGGUUAAAGUGGGGAUUACACUGGAUCGCGUUGCAUUGAUCGCGAGCGAGAAUGUGCCGGCGCAUUCGCGUAAUUUGAUACUAUUUUUGAUCUCCGCGUUCCGCCCGAGUGAUUUCUCAGCGCCGUCUGGUUGUUAUUUGCAUCUGCGCGGAAGCCGUUGAAAUUUUGUGUAUUAUACCGGUAAAAAUGGCGGAGGAGCGUCGGCAGUCGCUGAUGGAGCUGGCGCGGACCAGCGACGGCCGCCGCAGCAUCGUCCACGACUCGGAGAUGACCAUGGACUUUUUGCUGACCAAUCUGCAGACGCCGGCCCACCGCCUGCCGGGCCGCUAUCAGGCGCUGCUGUUUGCGGCGCUUAAUUCGUGCAUGUUCAUCGUGGUCUUCAACGACCUGUGCACCAUCUUCUACGCCAUGGAGCCCUCGCACUCCCUCUGCACACCGGACGCCCCGGCCCUCUACUCCCUCCCCGACAACGCCAGCGUCCUCUUCGUCAACGCCUCGCGCUGGAUGCACAUCAACCAGACGGCCGACGAUCCGGCGGGCUGUGCGGCGUUCAACGCGCUGCCGCCCGCGGAGGUGCAGCACUGCGACCGCACCAUGCGGCAUCAUUUCGACCUGUCGCCCAAGAUCACGACGCUAGUUAGCGAUUGGAAUUUAAUUUGCGGGCGGUUGUGGCGCGUGAACGCGGCGACGACGGUGUACUUUGUGGGCGUGAUGACGGGCAGCAUCGCCUUCGGCUACCUGGCCGACCGCUUCGGCCGGCGCAACUGCAUCACGGCCUGCUACAUCGGCUACCUCCCGCUGGCGGUGACGCUGACCUUUGUCCCGUACUACUGGUUGUUUCUCAUCAUGCGCUAUUUUCUGGGUUUCUUCGUGCAAGGACUGCAGAGCGUGUGUUUUGUGCUGCUGAUGGAAUACUGCCCGCCCCGAUACCGCGAAGUCCUGGGCGGCGUCCAGGGAUCGCUGAACAAUUUCGGGAUUAUUGUGCUGAGCAGUAUCGCCUAUCUGGCCGGCCACUGGCGGACUAUCCAGCUGUGUCUGGCGCUUUUGAGCGUCGUGGCGCUGGCCAAGCCACUUGUGAUGAAGGAGUCGCUGCGCUGGCUGAUGGUGCACAACCGCACAGAGACGGCCAAGGACACGGCGCGCGCCAUACUCAAGUGGAAUAAACUGCCGGUCAGUCCGCAGCUGAUGAGCGUGCUGGACCGCAUCAGCGAGACGCUGCAGGCCGAACGCCGGGUGCAGUCCAACUACACCUGGGUCGACUGCUUCCGCACGCCCAAAAUCCGCCUCUACACCAUCGUGCAGUCCUUCCUGUGGUUCACGACGUUGUUCGUGUAUUACGGGAUCUCCUUCUCCAUCAGCAAUCUCAGCGGCAGUCCCUACCUGAACGCCAUCCUGGCGGCGGUGGCCGAAUUGCCGGCUUGCGCCAUCGCCGUGCUCGUCAUGCGCCGGUUCGGCCGGAAGCCGCCGCUCAUGGCGUACUACGGCUUGUGCGGCGUCUUGUCGACCGCCGCCGGGCUGCUGUCCUUCGUGGGCGGCGACGCGGUGGCGACGGUGCGCACGGUGGUGAUCCUGGCGGCGCGAUUCUGCCUGGUGGGCAGCUACGCCGUCGUCUUCCUCUUCGGCAGCGAACUCUUCCCCACCGUCAUCCGCAACACCGCCUUCGGCGUCUGCAUCUGCUGCCACACCGCCGGCGGCGUCGUCUGCCCCCAGAUCCUCCUCCUGGGUCAGUUGGUGCACGAAGCGGUGCCGUUCCUGGUGUUCGGCGGCUGUUGUCUGCUCUCCGCCGGCCUGGUCACCACGCAGCCGGAAACGCUGCACCGUCCCAUGCCCGACACCAUCGAGCAGGUGGAGAACCCCGCGCCCCCCCCUCCUCCACCCCCAUAACGUCCGCACCGCCUAGCGCUGGUCGGCUGGUCAGUGGCACUACGCCAGCUCCGCGUCUGUGAUUUGUUCGCCUCUUUGCAGCAAUUAAAUCAAUGCUCCACUCGUUUACGGUGUAUUAAACAUAACUGUGCAGUGGGAGCUGCUUGAUGGGACACAGAAGUAGUUGCCGCUUUUGGUUUCUUGCCAUUUAUUCUUGCUAUUAAAUGUAUUCUCGUUUUGAGUUGUAUAAACGUU